AUGGCACACUGGAAUCGUCCUUCCUCCUUGAUGCCAGGGCCCACGGCCCAACUGCAGCCUGGUUUCACUACAUCAGCUUCCAUGAAUAACAAAAAGAUGAAGACGACAGCCGUGUCCCGCCACAUCGUCAAUGCCGAACCUUGGUCUCCAAGCAGUCGGGCCAUGCGCCGUGGCGCCGGGAUUCGCCCCUUUGGGGGCUAUGGUGCAGCCCACCGUCGACAACAAGGCGAUCGCCUCGAUGAUGUCGCCAUUGAAGUGGUGUUUUCAGUCGAUGAGCUUCCCGGUUGUUUUGUGCCUGGCGAUUGUCUCUUUCACGAGGAUACUCCUAUCUUGCGAGAAGACUGGCACGAUCAACUCUCUCUUUUUCUGGCCCGCAGGAUGGCCCACGUAAUGAUGUUUACAGAGGAAAACGAACAAACAAUCAAGCACAUAUUCUCCAUCGUUCGAAGCUUGCCAUUGACUGCCAAAUCAGACAACGCCAUGGUGGUUGUGAAAGAGAAGCUGUCGUUGGAACAAAUCAUUCGCAAGUUUCAACAAAACCAGCAGGAUGGGUCGCGCAACAAUGGCAGUGCUUUAUUCAACUGGUCCCGUCCGAACGAUGAAUCCUUGCUUCUGACCCUGGAUUGUUCUCAUCGUCUCUUUUUCCACCCCGACAAUACUUUUGAUGACAUUACCCAUAUCGCCACGACGCCCUUCCUUUGCGAUUUGGAGGCUGCUCGCGACUGUGACUUGGCGUACCUGGUAGAAACGAUUGGAAGCCGAGAUUACGAUGUCUCUCUCUUCACGUUUGCCUGUCACGUCAUUGCAAAGGCCAGCAAGAGCAACCUCGAGCGAUUCGCAAGGCACCACAAAGCCGACGACUUGGUGUCGGUCGUAACGGAGAAUAUGAAGAAGCAUAACCGCGACGACAAUGUUCUUCGAGCAGCGUCAUUGGCGCUUUGUCACAUGGCAAUCGAACCGGACUUUGUUGUCAGUCUAUUCGAGAGCAAUGUGUUUAUGUAUCUCGAGUUUGCUGUGAAGAAAAGCCCAUCGCUUGGCACCACUGAAGCUUUCCAGAAUGCGGUUCUCCGUUUCUUUCGCAAUUCUGCACGAGCCCAGGUGGAAGACAAAGAGAUGCAGGGAGCA